AUGGAGAACCAACCAAAGAAACGACGUCGCGUAGAGCGGGGACGUUCAAAGAAUGGAUGCCUGACGUGCGUGACCAAGAGAGUCAAAUGCGAUGAGAAGCGUCCUGAUUGUGCGCGAUGUGUGAGACUUGGUCUUGAGUGUCUGUGGGUGAGAGAGCAAGUGUCGCUUGCGUCGAGAAGACGUGGUUUGGGACCGAUUAAGGAACGGGGGAGUUGGGAGCCUCCGCCUAUUGUUCCUAAGGGUCAAGAGCCUGAGCCAUCGCCUGAACUUCAAUUGUCGACUCCAUCAGAAGAUGGCGUACAACUUCCAGAGACAUUGGAGGCAGACAAUUCAUUAAACGUCUCUCACGAUGAUGGCACAGACGACACAGCUGUCAUCCAAUUCUCUCAAGAUGAUGGUGUACUGAGUGCAGACAAUGCAUCCGUCAUCGAAGGGCUUGCACUACCUGAAGACGUCAACUCCCUCGCAAUUCCCGAAUUCGAUCAAAGCAACUUCAACCAUACCCUCAUCCUCUUCCCAACACCAUCCUUCAACCUUCUGUCCAUCCUCCCCUCCUACUCCUUCACCCACCCACCAUCCGCAGCUCCCUCAAUCGGCAGCAACGACGUCCAAGCCAUGACCUUCCACUCCACCAUCCUAGCCUCCAUGAAAUCCACCCGUCGAGCAUCUCUGUCCUCACACUCCAUCUUUCUCAACUUUGCCGUUCAAAACCCUAUGGCUCUUCACUUUUUACUAGCCUUUUCACACAGCGAACUCGCCAUUCAUCAUGGCUUCAGUCAUAAACCGCCUAUGGAGUCACAGCUGCACUUUCAGCAGGGUUCGGCAUUAUUUAACCAGGCGCUGGUAAAUCUGACGCCAACGGAUCAUGUGACCAUGAUGCUUUCAUUCUUGUAUCUGUAUAUGUUUUGGAUGAGGAGGGACCCGUUCGAUGUUGCACGGUUGGGCGAGUUGAGUUGUUCUGCUCUUGCGUACGUGACCAUGUUUUCACUCGAUGAGAUGUGUGCUGGAAGUCAAGCAGGGUCCGAAUCUUCGACGCUCGCUCGGAUAUUGACGUAUAUCUACGAUAGAGAUGUGUUUUGUGGGUUCUUUGGAUGUGGUGAGAAGUUUGCAGGUUAUGUCAAUGAGAAGCAUGAGACGAGGGAGCGAAUAUGGCAGUUGUCGCGUAUGCCGGUUCUGGCGGAGCAUGUACCUGAUACAGGACAGAGAAGGAUUGUGAAUGUUUACUUUAGUUUGAUUACGAUCCAGUAUGAGAUAAACCAGUAUAGUCAGAGUAGCGGACGGAUGCCAGGGAAGUGGUUGGAAAUGAAGAGGAAGCUCGACAAGAUAAGAGAGGAACACAGCUGGCUCUUCAUACUGAGCCAACAGUCAACCCCAAACCCGCCUCUGAUGGCUCUAGUAACAGUCACCAUCCUCCACGCCCUCAUAAUCUACCUCUACCGCAGCCGCGACUCAGCAUUCGGAGAGACCCCAGUACCUCCAGAAGUCGAGACAGCUCUUACGGACUUGGUAGCAGUAGCAUACCACACCAUCACAAUCGGACCAGUACAACUACUAGAGCGGUUCCAAUGGGCCCUCCUAAUAGCAGGCAUCGAAACACACGACCCCAUACACCGAGAUUGGAUCUCGGCGAGUAUUUCAGACCCCGUUAUCAAGUCAAUAUACGAUCAUGUGCUGGCGGCUAAGGGAAUGUCGGAUACGGUAUCAAUGGAGACGAUCAAUCACAUGAUGGAGAAAGUCCACCAAGACGCCAAAGAGCCCUCGCUACAGGGCACUGAUACUGUAGCGAUGGACAGCCUUUCGCUAGAGGAUGAGAAGAAACUCGUUCGCAAAAUUGAUCUUCGUCUUAUGCCUUUGCUUAUUAUUAGCUAUGGUCUGCAGUACCUUGACAAAACGAGUCUGGCGUACAGUGCCAUCCUUGGCCUCAGAGAAGAUUUGCACCUCGUUGGCCAGCAAUUCAGUUGGGCAUCUAGCGUCUUCUACAUCGGCUACCUCGUAGCCUCAUAUCCCAUCUCGCUAGGUUUCGUCAAGUUUCCCCUCGGAAAAUAUCUCAGCGUUCUCAUGUUCAUCUGGGGCGUUAUCCUCACGCUUCACUCCGUCGCAAACAGUUUCGCUAGCCUCAUGGUUCUUCGUUUCUUGCUGGGCGUUUUCGAGAGCGCCAUCAGUCCAGGUUUCUCCUUGAUUACCGGAAUGUGGUAUACGCCUCAUGAACAUGUUUCCAGGCAUUCGUUCUGGUUUGCGGGUAAUGCGUCGGCUAGUAUGGUUGGUGCUAUGAUUGCGUAUGGGAUUUUGGGAUACACUGGACCGAUCAAGCAGUGGAAGAUGCUGUUCCUCAUUUUCGGCCUUAUCACGAUCGCCUGGUCCGUCCUGACCUUCUUCCUCCUACCCGACUCGCCAUCUACUGCGAGAUUCCUAAGCACAUCCGAACGAGAAUUUGCCUCCCUUCGACCCAAGAAAUUCCAGCGAACAACACAGACCAAGAAGUGGGAUCGCGACCAGUUUAUAGAGACGAUGAAGGAUGUCAAGGCUUGGUGGUUCUUCAUUUUCUCUUUCGUCAUCUGUGUUCCCAACGGAGGAACAACAAGCUUCAGCACGAUUGUCAUCAAGAGCUUCGGCUAUGAUGAGCAUCAGACUAUCCUGAUGGGUCUUCCCGCAUCAGCCUUUCAACUUACUACUGUCAUCCUAGUCGCCGUCUUCACGACCUACGUCCGCAAGUCACGACACAUCGCUCUUGUUCUGACAUACAUCAUGGCUAUUGCUGGUAUCCUCAUGAUCAAACUUCUGCCCAACGCAGAGAAAUUGGCCCGACUGGCUGGUUUCUGGCUCAUCAUGGCCGUCGCCCCGGCGUUCCCACUCAUGCUUUCGCUCUCAGCUAGUAACAUCGCCGGCUUCACGAAGAAGUCAACUGUCAUGGCCAUGAUCUUCCUGGGAUACUGUGCAGGAAAUUUGAGUGGGCCGCAGUUCUUUAUCAGCACUGAGGCGCCUCACUAUCAUACGGCCUACACUACCAUUCUGGCAUGCUUCGCCAUCACGAUUGCUCUUGUUGUGGUAAUGUAUUUCUACCUCGCAUGGGAGAAUAGUCGUAGGGAUAACGAGCAGGGAGAGAAGAGGGAUCCUGAGGAGUCCCGACGGGUUGAUCUUGGAGCAGAUGGAACUCUUUUAGAUGUCGAUGAGACGGAUAUGCAGAACAGAAACUUUAGGUACAUUCUCUCUGCCGGUCUCUACCGGUUCAUCGUAACAUUGGUCCGGGAACGACAUCCACCUUAUCUCUCGGCCAAAGUCUCUAUCUGCGGGGAAUUCUUGGCACUCUGA